AUGAAUAAAUUCGCUGCAAAAACUCUCUCUAUUGAUGUUAUACGUACGUCAUUGCAUCCAACAGUUGUGUACCUGAAUAGACAAAUAAUUUUACUUUUGUCAUCUCUUGGCAUUGGCGAUCAAAUUUUUCUUUCAUUACAAGACGAUAUGCUAAAAAUGUUACAAGCAUUAGAAGGUAACUUUCUUGAGGCAUGCGAAACAUUAAAAAAACUGAAUAACUUUGAUAAAAAUGGGUAUCAUGGAUUUUUAAUUGCCUAUUUAAAACAUUUACGUGAACAACGAGAUCCAUUUGUUCGACAGCUUACUCGUGUUAUUCGAACUUCUCUUAUUAAAGACUUACGAAGAAAAGCAAAGAUUUUUGUACCGAAUUCGUGGUCUUUAUUGGGAGUGGUAGAUGAAAGCCGAACACUCAACUAUGGUGAAGUUUUUAUUCAAAUUGAUUCUAGUAAUGAACAAAGAGAUGAGUCAACAGGAGAAAUUUUUCGAGGUCCCGUAGUAGUAACAAGAAAUCCAUGUUUUCAUCCAGGUAUGUAA